AUGGAAAAAGUGAGGAAAAUCCUCAACUGGGAGUUUAGUACGCACUUGAAAAUCGGUGCGUUGAUUCGUGCGGUGCUUAUUGUGUACAGUAUAUAUCACGACGACCAUUAUUCCGUAUCGUAUACAGAUAUAGAUUAUAAAGUGUUUACAGACGCGGCUAAACAUGUCUACAAAGGGGAUUCCCCGUACAAACGUCACACGUAUCGGUACAGUCCACUUAUAGCGUUUAUGUUACUACCCAACGUUUUUUACACUCGCACUUUUGGAAAGCAAUUGUUUUGUGUGUUCGAUGUAUUUGUUGCUAUAGCACUAAAAAUAUUAGUAGAACGUCAGCUAAAAAACAAAGAAAACGCUUCAAAAAUUGCUAAAUACUGUUCUCUGUUCUGGAUCUAUAACCCAAUGAGCAUCGCUAUUUCAUCUAGAGGUAAUGCUGAUUCGGUGCCUUGUUUUUUCGUGAUUUUGUCUAUACUCUUCUUACAAACUGAUGUAAUUAAGAAUUUAUUUAAAUAUGUUCUUUCAGGAAUUUUCCUAGGUUUUUCAAUACAUUUGCGCAUGUAUCCUUUAGCGUUGAGUUUUCCUAUGUAUUUAUCGCUGGGCGAAUAUAACAUCAAUCGAAAUACCAGAUUGUUAUCUGGCAUUUUAUCCCUUGUACCGAAUCGGAAGCAAUUGUUGUUAGCGUUCAGUUGCAUUUUGACUCUAUUUUCUUUGACAUAUGUAAUGUAUGCUAUGUAUGGAUACGAAUUUCUAUUCGAGACAUAUAUUUAUCAUUUAUUUAGGAAAGAUACAAGGCACAAUUUUUCUGUUUUAUUCUAUUAUUCGUAUUUGACUAUAGACGAUUUCUCUUUCGAUGCUGUUAAAACAAUUUCACAAGUUUUUGAAGGUAUCAUUUUGUUUGUUGUAAGUUUGACGUUUGGGACGAAACAAGAAACUUUGCCUUUUGCGUUGUUUUGCCAACCUGUCGUUCUAGUCGUGUAUAAUAGUGUUAUGACGUCACAAUACUUUAUAUGGUUUCUUUCACUUUUGCCGUUAGUAGUCCACAGUUUUGAAAUGAGGAUAUCUCAAGCAUUUGUGUUGUUUACUCUAUGGUUGUCCUCCCAAGGUGCUUGGUUGUUCUAUGCUUAUUUAUUAGAGUUCAAAAGUAGAGAGGUUUUCCUUUUUAUAUGGUUGAAGGGUGUUGUAUUUUUCUGUGCAAAUAUCUACAUUCUGGCACAGCUUAUAAAGUGCUAUAGACCCGGUUACGGAUUCGGACUGAUUAGUAAAACUAAUGAAAUUAAAAGCCAGUAAAGUAAAAAUACACCGUACUUAUGCAAUAUUUAGUAACCGUCUUAUUUAGGUACACAUUUUUUUGUAUCGUAAUACAAUUAGCCUCUUCAUUGUAACAUCUCGUCAUCAACCCAUAUUUGGCUCACUGCUGAGCUCGAGUCUCCUCUCAGAAUGAGAGGGAUUAGGCCAAUAGUCCACCACGCUGGCCUAAUGCGGAUUGGCAGACUUCACAAACGCAGAGAAUUUAGAAAAUUAUCUGGUAUGCAGGUUUCCUCACGAUGUUUUCCUUCACCGAUUGAGACACGUGAUAUUUAAUUUCUUAACAACAUUCUCAAAUUGCUCAAUUGUAACAUCUACCAAUGUUUUAAUAUUAUAAUGCAUUUCGAGCAGAGUAAGUUGACUAUGGUACAACCAAAUUGCAUAGACUCCGCGCCACGAAAAAGGUCCCGCGGCUAAAACCUGAACUAAAAUUGACACAAAUGACAGGACCGCCAUUAUGACAUUAGCGCCGCGUCUACUGGACUUGUUUCGUGGCGCGGAGUAGACUGAGAUUUUCAGUUGGAGAUUGGUAUUAUAGUUUUGUAGAUAUAUUAUAUAUUCUUUAUGUAGCUAUCUCUGAGGUAACAUAUAAUAUGGAAGGACACAAUGAAUUAUUACUGUAUUCAUAUACUCUAGUAUAU